UUCUCCGCGAACGCAAAAUUUUAUACCUCCAAUUCCAAAACGUUUCUGAAGUUUCAUCAUAAGUACAAAUAUAAAGAAUUGUUAUUAUUUGAUAAGUAUUACUAUUAUUAUUUUCAUUUCAUGUACCGUUUUUGUGGGGUCAAGGUUUAUUUAUUAUGGACGAAGUACGGUCCUUUUUCACAAAUCCAACCGUACAAUGUAGAAAACUUCGAGGUCCGAUAACGGCUGGAUGCAGAGUUACCAAAAAUGAUAGUAUUUAUGGAUUCAACCGUCCAGAAGAACAUAGACAGUGUAAUCUUCCAACUGGAACAGAUUAUGCUGGAGAAGUACAGCAAAGGGAGCUUGAGUUAUAUUUAAAAUGCAAAUUAGCAGAGAAUAUGUCUCAAGACAGUCAAGAUGGUUUAAAUUCUCUAGAGAAUCUUACUUCUUGGGGAUCAGUCAUGUCUAGUACCAAUGGCAACCUUGCAGAUGAUGCUAUGGCAGCUAAUUACAGCAACUAUAAUUUCACGAUAAAGGAAGACACAAAGGACCUAGCUAUAAAUAAAUACAAAGAGGAAAUAAUGAGUAGAAUCACGGCUUAUCCCAUAGUAAUAAUUGAGGGCCAAACUGGAUGUGGAAAAACAACACAAGUGCCACAAUGGAUCCUUCAUGAUGCUUAUGAGAGGAGGAUGCCAUGCAAAAUUGUUGUUACUCAGCCUCGAAGAAUUGCAGCAACAUCAAUUGCUAAAAGAGUUGCACAGGAACGUGGUUGGGAUGUUGGUGGUCUUGUUGGAUACCAGGUUGCCCUUGAAAAUAUAACAUCAACGGACACACGAAUUUCAUAUGUUACAACUGGAGUACUACUUCAGAAAUUAGUAAGCUCCAAAAAUUUGAACGAAUAUACUCAUAUAAUAUUAGAUGAGGUUCAUGAAAGAGGUCAAGAAAUGGAUUUUUUACUUCUGGUUGUUAAAAAACUCAUGUACACAGUAUCUUCAGGCGUCAGAGUGAUACUUAUGUCAGCUACGUUUAACACGAAAGUGUUCACAAAUUAUUUUCACAUCCCAGCCAUUGGGGAUCAUAACAAACCGAGUUGUAUUCACAUUAAAACAGGACAGGCGAAGCAAAAAGUGUUUUACAUUAAUAAUUUGAACAAAUUUACGCUCCCAACGAUGAAUGAUACUCCACAAAUAACUAUGGAAAUGCACCACCUCGUAGUGAAACUGGUGAAUGGCUUUGAAUCAAUCGAUAGCCAAGGACAUUCCAUUGAUAUUUCAAAUGAUAAUUUGCCAUCGGUUCUGAUUUUUCUACCAGGGAUACAUGAAAUAGAAGAGCUGUACACGUGUCUCACUAAUGAUGAAUUACGGAGGAAAUUAUGCGGGCAAAGCUCUCUCCAUUGGUGGGUGUUGCCCCUCCACUCAACGAUCACAGCUGACGAACAAGUACGUGUUUUCCAACGUGCACCACCCGGACAAAGAAAGAUUAUUUUAUCUACGAACAUCGCCGAGAGUUCCAUAACCGUACCGGAUAUUAAAUAUGUGAUUGACUACUGCCUUAUGAAAGUGCUAAUAGCGGAUGUUAACAUUAACUUCACGACAUUGCAACUUCAGUGGGCUUCGAAGGCAAAUUGUGAUCAGCGCGCGGGAAGAGCUGGUCGAGUGGGGGGCGGGGGGAGAGUGUACCGACUGGUGACUGAUAAGUUCUAUGAAAACUUUCUGGAUGAAUGUACGCCUGAACUCACGAGAUGCCCGUUAGAAAGGCUCGUCCUUCUCGCUAAAACUCUGGAAAUGGGUCCUCCAGUAGACAUUUUAGCAUUGGCCAUGAACCCACCUGACCUUUCUAAUGUACAUCGUACUAUUUUAGUACUUAAAGAGGUCGGUGCCUUAAAGAAAUUGGUCAACGGUGAGUGGAGUUCGUCUGAUGGAGAUAUAACGUAUUUGGGACGUAUUAUGGCGCAACUGCCUCUUAACGUACAAAUGUCGAAACUUAUCAUGCUGGGAUAUAUCUUUGGUUGUCUGGACGAGUGUGUUAUUAUGGCCGCUGCAAUGUCCGUGAAGAAUGUGUUCAGUAGUCCGUUCCGUGAACAACUUAAUGCGUAUAAUUCGAAGCUAACAUGGGCUGAUGGAUCCACUAGUGAUUCUAUUGCGUUUUUGAAUGUUUAUAAGGUGUGGAGCCACCUUCGCCAACAACAUCACUUUAAGAAAUCAGGCGAAAGCGAAUCGAAAUGGGCCCGUCGAUUUUACGUACAAGUGCGUGCGAUGCGCGAACUUGACGAAAUGGUUCGUGAGUUGCGUAUGCGUCUAUCACGUGAGGAGAUAGACACGAAAAUGGCAAAAUCACAUUGGGGUAGACAGGAACUGCCUGUUGUUUUAAAGGUUCUCCUAGCGGGCGCGUUCUACCCGCAGUACUUUGUCCAAGUGGCUGGUGAUGAAGUACGCGAACGUGAAGCCGUGCGUACACUGAGCGGCCUUAACCCGCGAAAUACCGUGUAUUUGAAAGGAUUCCCGGAUAACCAACCGGGAGAUAUAUACGCGACUGCGAUUAAGAAAGUUAUCAUGAAUCAUAUUGGCGAUGAACCGAGAGUCACCUUUGAUAAGAACAGUCGGAAAGUCUUCUUGACAUUCAAUGACAAAUAUCACGAGAUGAAACGCAAUCAAGCUCGUGGUGGUGACCCGACCAUACCCGGCCAAGUUGUUCUGCCCAUAUACAAAUCUAUUAAGGCGCGUCAAUUAAAAAUGCAGUGCAGGAUACCGUUAUUACCCUUGAACAAGGCAAAUGACUUAGCAAAAGCAAUGGAGGCUCUAAAGAUAAGUCGUAAUGUAGAUCAAAUGGUUCCGAGACUACCGGAAGUCGAUGACACACAUUUCCCCCUGACCAUAUCACAGCUCAUAAACGUUGGUAAAUUCUGGGUGCAAUACGCUGACGAAUCAACAGCUUGUGAGCUUCGCUUGAUCCAACAAAAGUUGAACCGUAAACCCCUUACUCCGUGUUCUGGGUCACCGGCCAUUGAUAUGCUGGUCGCAGCCCCUUAUCUAGAUGCAUCUGGGACAAAGAUGUAUCGAGCGAGAAUCUCGCGAUUGCUUUCCAAGGAUAUGCUAGAGGUCUUCUUCAUAGAUUAUGGUAGUGUGGCUUCUGUGAGUUUAGACAGCUUGAGAUUGUUACCCGAUGGCAUGGACAGUCCGCCUUUAGCGAUGCUCUGCGUAUUAGCUGAGAUUGCGCCUGCGCCGCUUUUGUCCGCGCACAGCGAGUGGCCACCGGGUUCCCUCCUAGUCUUAACCGAUUUUAUCUCCAAGGGAGGACUUAUUGGCAAGGUAUAUUCGGUGACGCACGGAGUGGUGUCCAUCGAGCUGAUGGCUGAGGGCGGUCGGAUCAGUUUUAACAAGGAAUUGAUAACAAACGGUUUAGCAGUCAAGUGUGAGGAAAGCUAUGAAUCAAAGUUGAACCACGACCUAAGAGAGACUGCGUCCGAACUGAACAUGUCACAAAAACGUGCUCACAAUAAGGAGCAAUCCGAAAUGGCCUAUAAACAUGUCGAAGAGUUGGGGCCAUCCAGUUAUAAGGAAUGUAUCUCUGACGUCUGCCUUAAUGGACCAUUUAGCCCGUUAGAAACGAAAGUACACAAUCUAAUGUACGCGAGCCAUGACAAACCAGUUAAUAUAGAGAGCAGUUCCGUCAACUCAGUACUACUGGAUACGGACCCACAGGAAAUAUAUGAAAGGUUACUGGUAGCGGCGGAAGUUGGUCAGAAUGAAGUGGGCAGCCGUUUGACGCUACGGCACACCACGCUGAUGCCCAACAUACCUGGCCUACCCGCAUUGCUUGCACUCAUAUUCUGCCCUGAGGCUGAGCUACGCCGUGAUUCGUCGAGUAGUCGAUACGUGAGCGUUCUAUGCGGUUUGGGGAGUGACGCUGAGGGACAUCCCUACUUCCCAGAACACGAUUUACUCGUGAAUAUCGACGCUGAUCUAACAGUCGACGACAUUGGAACCAUAAACCACCUCCGUUACUUGAUGGACCUGACGAUGCACAUGCGGAAUAAAAUGGAGACGCCGAUAGAUGAUGUGGACUUCGCCACCAAUCUUCCCCAGCUCAUUCGGGAAGACCUCAUGAAAUUGUUACUGAAGCGGCGCAAGCAUCGCUACCCAGAAUCAGUUCUCAGAGCCUGGGAAUGGAAGUCGAUACCUGACGAAGAGUUCCUCAGCAUCAAUGUGCCUGAUAUGGUGGAAAGGGCUGAAGUCUACCCGUUACAUGCUCCGUUGGAACUGACACCUCUCUCCAGGGAACGGCUUCUGGAGCUGAAGAGAGAUAACGAUGCGCUGAAGAUGCUCGUCAACCGGGCGUCUCUAACAACGAACACGGAUUUGUCGUGUAAGCUUUGCGGCACAGCGCCGAUGGCAGUACAUGCGAUGCGUAUACACCUCUUCUCCAACGUGCACCGCGAGAAGGAGGACGACUUCAACAUCGUUAAUUCUUAAAUAUAAUUAAUUCUAGUAAAUAAUUUCAUUGUGAUAUUGUGAACCUCCCUAAGUUGUCUCUGACUCUUACACUAAGGCCGGACAGGUAUAUUUACUUAUACGGUAUAUUUACAGUUACAAUCUGUACUUGAGUAGUGUAAAUAUGUAAAAAUUCAAAGCAUUUUUGGUGUUUUGUUUGACAGCUUUUGAAUAUAAAUUUAAGUUAGUACUGUUCUAGUAUGCUAGCCUUAGCGCUAAGUAGGUUAAUUAUAAAACGUUUUUGAUCUCGAAUCUGAUUGUUACCUAAGGCUCGUAUUCUAAAAUCGUAUUGACAGCACUCAAGAUGAGAUCGUGACUUACAUUUUUUGAUUAAAAGAAAUUGUGAAACUAAUUUAGUUUUUUCUUUCAUACUUUUGUUGGAAUUCUUCGCUUUUGACAUUGUCGAACUCAGCUUAAGAUACAAACGUCCCUAGAAGUUCUCAGUCUCUCACGUCUAGUUUUAAUAUUAAUUAAAAUUAUUUUUGUAUGAACGAUAUAUAAUGUUAUAAUUUGUUUGUAAAUACCUUAAAAGAUGUUUCUUCCAACUUUUUUUAUUAAUAAUAAUAGUAUAUGUGUAAAGUGUAUAUUUUCAUAACAUAUAGCAUAGUGAAAAUAUGCGUGUUAUAUUAUCGAUCAUAAAUGAGAAACAUUGAAUACCCAAAAGUAAAAAAAAAGUGUAUCUUAUACAGUCAAGUUCGCUAUCGGUCAUCACAAAUCAUAUCUGAAAUAUAUGUUUAUUUAUAUAACGAUGAACAAUUAUUGCCAGAAUUAAAUAUUGUCAGUUUUGGAUUGUCAACAGAUGGCGCUGUGUACAGGUAACAUUAGUUAAGCAUAGCGUAAUUUAAUAUUAAAGUUUGUGCUAUUGCCAAAGCGUUUUUCAGCCUAUUAAUUGUACUAGCAUUAAUUUAAAGCGUGUACAUGUCGUCAUCUGUUUUCAAUUAUUGAAAAAAAUCCCUGAUAAAUUUCGGCGAUUAAAUUCUUCAUAAUUCUUCUGACACUAAUUUCAGGCAGUUACAACAACACAAAUUCCGGCCGCCGAUGCUAAGACGUCUGCAUAAUGUUGCUUGAUUUAUAUAAUUAUUUAUGACAACAAAGAAAGAAACAUGUUAAUGUAUGUGUAUUUGACUUUUAACAAUCUGCUUACCAAUUUACCAACUUUGACAACUAUUGUAAUGUGGAAUCUUUUUCAAACCUAAAGUUUUUAUAUUCCUAUAAUUCCAUAGACUUCCCCAUAAGAACUCUAUAUAAGAAGAAAAAAAUUGUUUAAGUGUACAGAUAAUAUUAAUAUAUUUGAUUUCCCGCCAAAUGUGAAAUGCCUUUACUUUGUUCUGUAACAUCUCAUAGCCGACUUCGUGGUUAUAGAUUUUUGUCAAUAGCUCAAAACUAAACUAAAAAUGUUUUUUUAUUUGUCUAUUAUUUAUAUUAUGCAUAUUUUAAAUAAGAUUCCAAUUCAGGUGCUUAGUACUCUAUCUAUAGGUAGAAAUAUUUUGAAUAAAAAUAUAUUAGUUACUGGUUAAUAUAUCUUAGGCUUUCGUUUAUUUGCUGGUAAUUAAUUGUGUUUACCUCAUUAAAGAUUGACGAUGAAUGCAUAACUAUAAAGUGUGCACGUAUAGAUGUACAUAUACGUAUUUCUAAAAUAUAGACAACAUUAGGACAUAUUACAAUAUUGUAUAAUUAUGUGUUAAGAAAAUAAACCU